GGUGAACGGCCCAGAAGCCAGAAGAUCUGAGGAGGUUUACUGAACAGUUUGUAGCCUCAAGUACACAGAUGGAGCAGACUCCGGAGGGCCUGGGUCUUGGGGACUCAUCGCUGCACCGCUACCUGGACGGGGAAUUCUGGAGCCUCAAGAAUGAGCUUCGCAGAGCCCUGGAGAGCUCUCCUCUCUUCCAGCCCAGGUAUGAUUUAAGUUUGGAUGAAAUGAGAGAUUUGACAAAUCAGCGAGUGAAGUUUGUCUUGAGUCUCCCUCUGUUAAAGCGUGUACUCCAGGAUCAGAUCUUUCCUUUUUGGGCUUGGGCCUUCUGGCUUCUGUUUGUCCUGGAACCUUGGCUUUUCCGAGCAGGCUGUGACAGGCUGCCCUGGAUCUUGGUCUGUGUGCUGCUUUUGGCAGGAGUCUUUGUCCCAGUCUACCCCCAUGGACUUGGAUGCUGGCCACCUGGCCAGUACUCUGGUUAGGCCAGCCCUGGCCCCAUGGGAUCCUGUGGAAGAGUUGAACAGAGAUGACAGGAUGGAGUGGACUGUUUAUAGAAGUCCCUCUGUAUAGAUUGGCAUUCGAAGUGUGCUGUCAUCUGCAGGGACCACAGGGAUUUCUUCAGAGAGCCUGCCAGGGAGUGAGUUGUCUGCCAAGGGACUCCAGAGCAGCUGGAAUCAUGGAAGAAAAAAGGAAUAACUUCAUCAGCCAAAGCUUUGUCCUGGGAGAAGUGCUCUGCAUGGUAGAUGUGUCCAUGUCUAUAAAGUGUGGAGUCAUUUUUCUGUUAUUUGGCGGUGCAGUCAACAAUCUUGGAAGUCCUGAACAUGUUAUCAAGUGGUUUCGCCCACUCAAGGAGCAGAAGUAUACAGGGAUGUUUGCGAUGACCGAGAAGGGCCAUGGGAGCAACAUCAGAGGGAUCCAGACUGAGGCUACCUUUGACUGUGACAGUCAGGAGUUUGUGAUUGACAUGCCAUGUGAAAACGCCCAGAAGAUGUACAUUGGCAACGCCAUGCAUGGGAACUAUGCUGCUGUCUUCGCCCAGCUCAUCAUCGAGGGAAAGUCUCAAGGGCCCCAUUGUUUCAUUGUUCCUAUCAGGGAUGAAAAUGGAAACUUGUACCCUGGAGUGACAGCUAUUGACAUGAUGUACAAAGAAGGUCUGAAUGGUGUGGAUAAUGGAAUUUUGAUAUUUGACAAGGUUCGGAUUCCAAGAGAGAACAUGCUGGAUAAGUUAGGUUCUGUGACUCCAGAUGGACAAUACCACUCACCUAUUCAAAGCAAGAGUGCAAGAUUCAAUGCAAUGCUGGCCAUACUGACCCCUUCAAGACUGGCAGUGACUUUCCAAGCGAUGGGUGCCAUGAAGCUUGGACUGAUGAUAGCCAUCCGCUAUAGCCACAGCCGAAGGCAGUUUGGACCCAAGGGCAAAGAAGAGGUGAAGAUCAUUGAGCACCAAAUGCAGGCACUGAGGCUGAUGUCUCACCUGGCCACAGCCCUGGCCCUGACCUUCACCAGCAGGCAUGCAGGCCACAUCUUGGAUGAAGACAUCCUCCAGGGAAGGGAGCUCAUCAACAGACGCUCGCUACAGGCACUGAUGGCUGGGCUGAAAGCCUACAGCACUUGGGAGACUGUCCGCUGCCUACAGGACUGUCGUGAAUGCACUGGAGGCAUGGGUUACAUGAUGGAAAACCGACUCUCAGGCCUGAAAUGUGACACAGAUGUGUUUGUAACCUUUGAAGGUGACAAUGUGGUCAUGCUUCAGGUUGUGGCCCGGGAACUGCUGGCCCAGUACAGCAAGCAGCAUAAGAAAAACCCAUUCUUGGGUAUGAUCCAGAACUGGACUGAAACUGCCAUGGACAAGCUGAGAACCAGUUUCCUGGUGUUUAACACUGACACAGUAGGACAUCUUGCCUUUCUGCUGAAAGCAGUGAAUUUUCGAGAAAGAGUUCUUCAGCGAAGUUUGGUGUCCAGAAUUUACUAUAAGGUGGUGACCGAGAAGGGGGACUUCUUCAGGGCCUGGAACUCCUGUAUGCACCAUGUCAUCUCGUUGUCUCUGGCACACGUUCACAGAGUUGCACUAGAACAGUUCACGCUGGCAGUGAGGCAGUGUCCCAACAGGGAGGACCAGGCUUUGCUAAUGAAGUUUUGUCUGUUGUAUGGAACGAAGCUGCUGUUCCAGGAGCGGGGCUGGUACUUAGAACAUAAGUACCUGACUCCUGCGGCCAGCAUGCGGAUCAGGGCUCAGUUGCUGAAUUUGUGCGAGUCCGUGAAGGAUGACUCCCUGAAGGUGAUCUCUGCCUUCAAUAUUCCACACACCACCAUCCACGCACCAACAGCGGGAACCCCCAACACCGGGGCUGCGGAGGCCUUCUCCCCGGCGCCCACGCAGCCACUGGUGCAGAAUGGGACGCGGUCUCGACUGGCCAAGCUGUGAGCCAGGCGAGAAAUUUAGUGUCCCAUCUUCCGAAUAUUUGGCUAGAACCGGAGCAGAGGGCAAAGUGGCAGAUGCAGGGCAACCACCUUGGGGAAUUUCAUCAGGCAGAGGAGGAGGUCCGGCUAAGGCUGGCAAGGAGCACGACAAGUUGUCCGGGAGAGGGAGCCCUAGAUGGACGCCCCAGUAGCAUAGUGACUUAUCCAGGUCUAGUAACCUCCCUGGCCCUUGCCUUGACUUCUCCCAGCCAUGGCCAUGGAUCCCCAGACAAUCGUCUCGCCCACCGCACGGUGCCACCAAAGAUCUCUACCGUCAGCGGUGACUCAGAUUCACAGAGACUUCGAAAGACAUUGGGGCUGGGUGAAAAAAAAAUCAAAACAUAAAAAUCAAACACCCUUAGGCAAAAGGGGUGGAGGAAAGCUCCACCCUCUCCAAGCUCGGGCAAAAGUUCAACAAGGGAUGAUUAGUGAAUCAGACUUGCUCCAACUCUGUGAGGAAAUGCGCUGUCGAGAGCGGAGAGCUUAAGCCCGGAGUCGCCCUAGUCUUACCAGGUAGGCGAUCUCCGGACCGCAGGAUCAUGCGCAACAAGUUUCUCCUCGCUAAACUGUUACCUAGCCUUCAGAAAAGCGUACGUGUGAAAAGUUUAAUAUAUUAAACGGUAGAAAGGUGCUCCGGCGACUUGGAAAGGUAGGGAUGGCGGGUCUGGGGAAUAGUUGGAAUAAAGUGUUUUUGGAAUUUGGAGAGAUUACACAGGCGGAAAUGAAUUUCUCAUUUGUGUUCUGACUUGGCGUUGCCCAGUUUCGUUCUCAUCUCUAGCCAUCGUCUCGAUUCCCUUCCUCCACAUCGUUGGCAGCCUCGGGAAGGCACCGGUGAUCCACUGGCCCUUCCCACCUUGCUCUUCCCCGCCGUCAACUCCGAUCCCAGGAGUUCUCCCGACCCAACCCUAGAAACUGCAAGGGCCCAAAUGCCCGCGGCUACCUUACUUGAGGCACUUGGUGGAAGCUCCCCUGACUGCCUUGUUCGCGGGUGAUGCAAGAGCCUCCGCCUCCAGCCCGGCUUCCUAAUUCAGCCCUAAAUAAGAGCACAUAGCCCAGUCCGUUGCUUUCCCCAGUGCCUGUAAAUUUUCUUUUAGUGUGUCCAGGGUUGCAAAAUCGGAAGACUCCAGAGCAACCUGCUCCUACGAAGAAACACCGGAGCUUUCCCCACCCCCAACCCCCCCAUCCCUGUGUGGUUCUUCUCUAGUCUAAGGCUGAGGCGCCUGGCUGCCCGCUGAGGGCGUGGAGCAGGCAGACUUGUUACUGGUUUUGGACUCCCGGAGUAGCAGCAGCAGAUUGGGCUGCAUGGGUGGGAUGCCGAGUGGUCGGUCAAGGCACAGUACUGGUUCACAGCCUUGGUCAAGACAGACCUGCAUCCAUGCCCUUGCCCUGUGCUCUCUUAUAGCGAUCGUCCCUCACCUCCAGCAAGGCUUUGUCCUGAGCCCCCCAGUUUCCCUGGGAACCAAUAACUUCUUAACCAAUAACUCGCUCAGGAUUCACCUAAGAGCCAAGAUUUAGCCUGGGGCUUUGCUGUGUCACCGUGACGUUAGGUCCGCUUAUAAACAUCAAAAUGACCAAGAUGGUCCAACGGUGGGACGACAGGCCACCUGACACUUGUUCCUCAUGAAAAGGCCAUGUCCCUCUUGCUGCCAGCCUGGAUGCAGGUUGGGUAGCCCUUAAAUCGAGUUUCUUUAAUCCUCACGUGUGGGGACGAUCCAUUUCCAGACCAGCUACUCUCGGCCGCCGCUGUGAGAGAAGAGGUUGGGGGUGGGGACGCACAUGGCACCAUUGACUUCGAGACUUCGGUUAGGGUCACGAAGGCCUCAGGAGGGUCAGGGGAUUUUUCAACCCCCUUCUGGCUUUCCUAGCUUGCCCUGAAUUCCGCUGUUCCGCGGCCGCCAGCUUCAGCGGGCCGAUGGGUAGACAGUUCCAGGCGGUACUCUGUGAGCCCAAUAAAUUUUGAGGAUCCCAGUACAGCUCAUGGCGCAACAGUCUUUAUUUGGUAGCCCACCUCCUUUUCCUUGUUUAUUCUUUUCGAGUUAACUUUCUCAUUCCCCUAUUUUAUCUGCUUUAUCGUGCACGCCCAUCGCUCCCCGAAGCCUCCCUGGUCUCUCAACUGUCCUUCCCACCACCAGCUCUGCACUGGGGAAACAAACAUAUAGAACACAAAAACAACAACAACAAAACAAAACAACACACACACACACACACACACACACACACACACAAAACCAGGGAGAGCCUAAAUGAGGACAGAAGGCGGCGGUGAUGAAGAGUCCCGCUUGUGGCAUAGCCGAGGAAGGGCAAGCAUCUUUCUGAUCUGGGUCCCCGGAGGCCAGGAAUUCUUGGAAAGGACAGUACCCAUCCUUGCACCAAUCUAGUCCCUUUGGUUUGGGGCUGAGAAGCUCCGCAAACCAAGGGAGCAGGGGCGCCUCCUGAGGCUUCCAACUGGCGGCCGCGGCCAGGCUGGACACAGAGCAGCGUGCCCUGAGCGCCCCCUAAGUUCCGCUCUGCGAGGUGGCCGCCACGGGCGGACCGGGAGGGGCGGGUACAUUCUGAGUGGAGGAUGGGCGUGCAUGCAGCUGCCCACAGGCCAAGUCACUAGGGUAAACACGCCGGGGUGGGCGGCGCACGCAAACUGCAGGACAGCCGGUGGGGCCACCCUCCCCACUACCUGUCGCAGCCUGCACGCGCCAGCGGCCUGGGGGCCGUGGGGGGUGGGACUUACCUUCCGGCUUGCCCGGGCCGGACUGAGCGGGGGGCGGAGCCCGCGGUGAUUGGGCGCCGGAGCGGGGGCUCAGUAAGAGCAGAGUGGCUGGGGCAGGCUGCUUUCACUUCGCUCCCCGCAGGCACUGGGUCAACAGCUUGUUGGAGCUCUGCGGUCCUUGCCGCCGCCGCCGUUGUCGUUGCAGUCACCGGAUUCCUGCAGCCGCUCCGCGAGCUGUGUUCCACUUGGAUUCACACCACCUCCGCUGCCCCCGCCGCCACCGCCUCGGCGCCCUUCCCCUGGCCCUCGUCCACCCAAUGUCUGACUCUGAUUCUCGGACUGAGAAACGCAAG